AUGCUGGCGCCGUGCAAAGCGCCAGCGCGUUCCCUCGCCCCGCGGCGCUGGCUCAGCCGGGCUGCCGUCGCCCCCGCCUCCGCCGCUCGCUGCCCGCCCGGGCCGGCGUCGCGACUGCUUCCCGCCCGCCCCGCAGUCAGCACUCACCUGCGGGCGCCUUCCUUCAUGCGCGCCCGGGUGCCCCAGCGGCUGCCUCCUGCUCUCACCCUGCGCCGGAGCUGCCGGGCACUCCGCCGCUGCCGCCACCGACCCGCGCGUCCCGGGAAGCUAUUUGUCGCUUCGCCCGGGGGCAGUGCGUGGCGGGCGUGCUUUCCGCUUCCGCCCCGUGCCGUCCCCUCCGUGUCCCGGCGGGAUGUUUGGGCGGUGGCGGCGGGCGGGGCCUGGCCGCGGGUUGUCGUUACGGAGGUGAGGCCGCCCGGGGGCUCGAGUGGCUGUCCGGGGGCGCGCGGCGGGCGGCACGGGCCGGUCGGGGCGCUGCGGUCGGUGAGACGUGUCCCGUGUUCUCUCGCGGCUGCGGCGCACGGCGGCGGGCGGGCCGGCUGGCGGGGCUCUGCCGGGGAGACUCGCCCUACUGUCAGACCAAAAAAUGAAGUAGAACAGAAGCAGCUAUGUGCUUUUGGGGAGUAUGUGGCUGAGAUUCUGCCCAAGUAUAUCCAGCAAGUACAGGUGACCUGUUUCAAUGAGCUGGAACUUUUGAUCCAUCCAGAUGGGAUCAUUCCAGUUCUGACCUUCCUUCGUGAUCACACCAAUGCCCAGUUCAAAUCCUUGGCUGACCUGACUGCUGUUGAUGUCCCAUCUCGGCAGUAUCGCUUUGAGAUUGUGUACAAUUUGCUGUCCCUGCGGUUCAACAGUCGGAUCCGUGUAAAGACAUACACAGAUGAGCUGACACCUGUUGACUCAGCAGUGUCUGUGCACAAGGCAGCAAACUGGUAUGAGAGAGAGGUUUGGGACAUGUAUGGUGUUUUCUUUGCCAACCACCCUGACCUAAGGCGAAUCCUCACAGACUAUGGGUUUGAGGGCCAUCCCUUCCGGAAGGACUUCCCGCUCUCUGGUUAUGUGGAGGUGCGAUAUGAUGAUGAAGUGAAACGGGUAGUGGCAGAGCCUGUGGAGCUGUCUCAGGAAUUUCGCAAGUUUGAUCUGAACAGUCCAUGGGAGGCAUUUCCUGCCUAUCGUGCAGCUCCAGAACCCCUGAAAAUAGAAGCAGGAGCCAAGAAAGAAGACACGAAAUAACAGCAGAACAGAGCGGAUGCCCGGCACCAUCCUUUCUGUUCUAACAUAGUAUUUAUAAUAAUAAAAGUUGAUAUGAGAUACUU